AUGGAAAUGAACAAUGGCACUGAAGUGACUGAAUUCAUCCUCCUGGGAUUUGCUGCACAGCACAAGUAUUGGCAUAUCCUGUUCAUAGUUUUCCUAAUAAUCUAUGUUGUCACUCUAGUGGGUAAUAUUGGUAUGAUCCUACUCAUCAGAUUUGCUUCCUCCCUUAAAACACCUAUGUACUUCUUUCUUCAACAUUUGGCAUUUGUUGAUCUUUGCUACUCUUCUGCUAUCACUCCCAAGAUGUUGCAGAACUUUGUACAAACAGACCAUUCCAUCUCUUUCGUAGAAUGUGUGGCCCAAACACUCAUCUAUGCUACCUUCGCAACCAGUGACUGCUAUAUUCUGGCUGUUAUGGCAGUGGACCGUUACAUGGCCAUCUGCAACCCACUUCGAUAUCCAAUAGUCAUGACCCAAAGAGUCUGCAUUCAAUUUUUAAUUGGUUCCUAUAUUAUGGGCUUCCUAAAUGCUUCUGUAAAUACUAGUUUUAUGUUCUCAUUGAGCUUUUGCAGAUCCAAUAAAAUUAACCAUUUUUUCUGUGAUGAACCCCCAAUUCUUGCCCUUUCAUGCUCUAGCAUUGACUUAAACAUUUUACUCUUAACAGUCUUUGUGGGGUUCAACUUGACAUUUACCAUUUUAGUCGUCAUCUUUUCCUACAUAUAUAUCCUGGCUGCUAUCCUGAAAAUCUCUUCUGCUGAGGGGAGAAAAAAAGCUUUCUCUACCUGUGCAUCCCACCUGACCGCUGUUACCAUUUUUUAUGGAACUCUCUCAUACAUGUAUCUACACCAUGGGACCAUAGAAACACAAGAGCAAGAAAAAAUGGCUUCCAUCUUUUAUGGCAUUAUCAUCCCCAUGUUAAACCCUCUCAUCUACAGUCUGAGAAACCAGGAUGUUAAAGAAGCAAUUAAGGGAAUUGGAAAAAAGUAUUUUUAG